UUCCUGCGUGCGCGCCCCCCUUUUCCUAUUCCGCUAUCCCCAUCGCGGGAUUUUCGCCAGCCCAGGCGGCAUCUCGUGCGCCCAGCCGAUGCGCUAGGCGCGCAGCCGGCGAUCGCGACCUGCACCCCAUCGUCCCAUGUGUAACGCGUUCGACGUCGACAGUCGACAGCCCACCCUCGCGACUGCCGCCCGUGCCUUGCUUCCCGCAAACGCUAUCCCCCACUCAAUCGCGACGCUCGAAAUCCCGCUGGGAGGGUCCCUCUCGUCGACCUCGGCUAUCCCCUCGCCUCUGAUUGCGUUCCCGACCGUAUGCAGCCCUUUACGUGCCCGCGGUCUUCGCUCUCCGUUCGCGCCUCGACUCCUCCCGCCUCUCGACAAUCACAGCGCGCAUCUCUUCUCGACGCCGUCCACGCGCGCCGCGUCCGUCGGUGCCGCCCCAUUCGACUUCCCUACGCUCAACUUCUACCUGCCAUAACCAGAACUUCUGACCCUCCUACAACUCCUUCGUCCCCAGCAAACCGCAGCCUCGCCUCCUCUUGCCUCCGGUACUCCGCCUGCAUGUAUCCGCCGCCACCCCCAGAUCGACUUUCUGCUAUCUCCGCGCUCACAUUCUCCGCGUCGCAAUGUCCUCCUCUUUUCCUGGCGCCUUUCUUCAACAAAUCUUGCCCUUCUUGCA